AAUUGUGAACGAGCCUUCAGACGUGUACUUGUUUUGUUCAUAGGUUUUGUUUUCAAUAGUUUAUACAAUUCCGGCGUUCUAAUUGGACGAGCACGCUACAGCAAUAUUUUUGGAAGUUCAUUACAAAUUUGUCACCCUCGAAAAACAAUUCUGAAGUGCUGGUUUGUGCUGCACCACGGACUUAUUGCUCUUUAGAACGAUGUAGUAGUAAGACCUGCACCGCUCGUUGAAGUCUAACCUGGUUUGAUGUCAUUCGACGUUCAACAACGUCACAAAUUUGUGGAACCGAAAUCGCUGCCGAAAAGUAAUACUACCGGAUUACUCGGCCAACGAUCGACCGUAUCCAAGCCCUAAAGGCUUAUAAUGGGUCGCAGCAGGACUCCAUCUCCUGGAAGACGUAGAGAUCGGUCUCGUGAAAGGGAAAGGGAACGUGACAGGCGCAGGAGGCGAUCCCGAGAACGGAGACGCAGGUCAGUAGAUCGGGACAGAGGCAAGUCUCGAGAACGUGAUAGAGAGCGCGAGAGAGAUCGUGAGAGACAUAGGAGAUCAUACAGCAAAUCAAGAUCCAGGGAACGAGAAAGGCCAAAACCUAAAUUCAAGCCUCCAACUGCUGAGCGGCCUGUUAUAACAGAGGCGGAUCUACAGGGAAAGACUCCAGAGGAACAAGAUAUGAUGCACCUGAUGGGAUUCUGCGGUUUUGAUACAACAAAGGGCAAGAAAGUUGAGGGCAAUGAUAUUGGAGCAGUCCAUGUUAUCCUAAAACGAAAGUACCGUCAGUACAUGAAUCGGAAAGGAGGUUUCAAUAGACCACUGGAUUUUGUUGCCUGAUUCUGGCCAAGUCCUCAUAACCAGAAAGAAUAUCAGAUGACAAUUCGAUUAUUUGUAUAAUGAAACAGAGUUUCAUUUCCUACUUUUAUUGUAUAAAAAUGUUAGUCUUAGAAUUUAUAAUCAUAAUCAACAAACUGACAUCUUUUCUCUUUCUUAACAUAUCAAAAAUAUAGUUUACAAAUUCUA